AUGUCCUUGAUCCGCUUCUACACCGAGGCUGGAGAGCCAUCAAGAGCAUGCGACGUCUACAACGGCCUGAUGCAGAAGGGCGUGGAUGGACAUUCGCAGCGUCCAACCAUCGAUGCGCGGACCAAGCACUGCCUCAUCGCGGCGGCCCAAAGCUGCCAGCGCCAGGAGCUACUUGAUGAGUUGAUGGAGGCGGCCGACGCCGCGCAAGGUGCUGCGCUCCUCCGCUCCGGAGGCAAAAAUGGCAAUAUCGAUGGCGUUCUCAGUUUGUUGGAUGGCCCAACAAAGCUGCCGUCCACAGCCUGGAACAUCGCACUGGACACUUGUGUUGAAAACGGCGAGUUGGACAAGGCUAAGCAGUUGGCAAAGAGGAUGAAGGAAGCUGGCGUCAUCGACGUGGUGUCCUACAACACGCUGCUCAAAGCAUAUGUGCGCCACAACCUCUUUGACCAAGCAUGCUCCCUGCUUCUACAAAUGCGCCAGGAUCCGGCACACCUGCCAAACACUGUCACAUAUCAUGAGCUGAUCAGUGGCCUCCUAAAGACCAACAAGGAGAUGCACAGGACCCGUGCCUGGGAGUUGGUUUCGGAGAUGCAGGCGGAACAAGUGGUACCCAACAAGCCGCUUGUGGCCAACCUCUUGCGAAGCCUCAGGCCAAAAUCCUACGGCUCCGAGGUGAACCGGGCUAUGCAGCUGGUGGAUGCAGUGCAACAUCAGGUAGAUGAGGGACUCCUCUGCACGGUUCUGGAAGCUGGCGUGCGCGUUGGCAAGGCCCAGGUGGUGCAGAAGAAGCUGAAGACCUUCCACGGCGAGGGCGCCCCAUUCCCUGUAAAGGUCACUGGUGCGCACAGCUUCGGCUCCCUGAUCAAGGCUUACGGCUUCGUGAAGGAUGUUGCAGGUGCUUGGGCUUGCUGGCGGGAGAUGUCCAUGCAGCACAUCCAGCCUACCAACAUUACGCUUGGCUGCAUGGUUGAGGCUGUGGCAAGCAACGGCGAUGUAGAUGGAGCCCAUGAACUGGUCCAGAGGCUCCUGGAAGACCCUGAGACGAAAUCGCAGGUGAAUGCCGUCAUCUAUGGCUCCAUAUUGAAGGGCUUCAGCCGCAAGAAGCGCAUGGACCGUGUGUGGGACGCGUUCAGUGAGAUGCAGGUCCAUGGAAUCACCCCGACGCUGAUGAGUUUCAAUGCCAUCCUGGACGGCUGCGUCCGCAAUGAUGAGGUUGACAAGAUCAGCGGGCUGCUGGACACCAUGCAGAAGUACGGGUUCAAGCCGAACCUCAUCACGUACAGCACUCUGAUCAAGGGAUACUGUGCUGCUGGAGACAUGCAGAGCGCCUUCGAGGUGUUCAGAGAGCUGCGCAGCGGGUCUGAAGUCCCGGAUGAGGUCGUGUACAACACCCUCCUGGAUGGCUGCUUGCAGGCUGGGCUCGUCGAUGAAGGAGACCACCUGGUGGAGACAAUGAUGGAUCAGGGCUUAGCACCGAGUGUCUACACCCUCAGCUCCGUGGUGAAGAUCAUGGCCAAUGCCAAGCGGCUGGACCGGGCAUUCAAGGUAUGCGAAAAUGCUUCAUCACGCUUCCGCUUCCGCUUGGGUGCGCAGCUGCAGACGGCCCUGCUCCAGGCCUGCAUCACUUGCAAAGCCUACGACCGCGGUGCCCGCUUUUAUCUCAAGACGCACAAGGAUCGUUUGUCGGCAGACAAGAAGAUCUGCCAAACACUGAUACGUGGGCUGGUGUACACUGGCAAGGUGGACUUGGCCGCAGAGCUCCUCCGUGCUAUGCUGGGCAUCAGCGGAACCUCUGAGGUGGGCUUUGUUGUUUUAUUCUUUCUGCAGAAGAACCACUUGACGACCAGGCAGCCAGUCAGCACCGAGCAGCACAAGACUUUGAUCAGGUGCCGAGAUGGCCACCAAAGAGGCGAGAAAGUGGGGAAGCUGGACUCUGACCACCCCAAGCACAAGUCAAAGAUUGCACAAGCUGAUACCCAGGCGAUCAGGCCGAAUCUUGAACUGGAGGGUGAGCUGCAGAUGCGGCACCGCAUUGCUGCAGACGGCAGGGACAAAAUUGGAAAACUGUGUGAGACGCUUGCGUGCCACUGGCGCCGCGCACGCGACGAUGCCCUGGCCGAGGCAGCUGGCGAUAUGCCCAGUGAGGCAGAAGACUCGGAGCUUGAGGGCGCGCGCGCGGGUGAUGAGGAGGAAGACGAGUUCUUUGAGACUCCAGACGAAAAGCGAGUGCGCUUGGCCAAGGAGUAUCUCAAUACCAUCGGGGAAGGAAGAACCCGAGAGCAGGUUCAGGAGGAGCUCUCCAAGGAUACAUCACGCCGGGAGGUGUCGGGUUUAGCCUUGGGUGAGCCCCGCUUCCUGCGAGGGCAUAAAAUGGCCGUGACCAGCGUUUGCCUCAGUGCCGAUGAAGGCACCAUGUACUCGGGUGGGAAGGAUUGCGCAGUGCUGCGAUGGGAUGUUGAGACUGGCAAGAAGGACAUCUUCCCGGGUGGUCGCAACAAGUUCGAUUGCGGUGGCCAUUUUGAGAAGGUGCUAUCUUUGGCGCUCUUGGAGGAUCGUGGCCUGCUGAUCAGUGUGGGCGUGGAUCGAGUGGUGAGGCUCUGGGACCCUCGCACCGCAGCCAACAGCAGCUGCGUCGGAGCUUUGCAUGGCCACAUGAAGGAGACCACAGCAGUGGUUGCUGACGUGGGCGGGGAACAGUUCUACACGGCCUCUGCUGACAAGUCCCUGAAGAUCUGGGACUUGCGAAGCAGAAGGUGUAUGGAAACGUUGCUGGGCCACGUCGAUGCAGUGACUUCGCUGGACCUUCUAGUCAAGGGCAAGCCACUCUCUGGGGGCGCAGACAAGUCGGUCCGCUUCUGGAAGGUGGACAAGGGCACUCACCUCAUGUUCACGAGACAUACCUAUGCUGUGGAUGCUGUAUGCGUGGUGGAUGCCGAGCAGUUCGUCUCUGGUGGACAGGAUGGAAGCAUCAUGAUGUGGUCCAGUGCUUCGAAGAAGCCCGUGGCCACCACCAGCUUAGGAGAUGGCAAGUGGGUCUCGUCGCUCGCUGCCAUGAAGCAGGCAAAUGUCAUUUUCUCCGGCGGGGUUGAUGGCAUGUUGCGCACGUGGCGUUCCGGCAAAGCCACCAGCACAGAGGAGAAGGAGGAGAAAAAGGGGUUGCAACUCCUCCCUGCUGCGGGGCCUAUCCAAGCCCCCGGCUGCAUCAACCACAUUGCCGUGGGGAAGCGCUUCCUCGCGUUGGCAAUUGGGAAGGAGCACAAGUUCGGCCGCUGGUUCUACGACAGGAAGGAGAAGAACGGUGUCCUCCUCGUGCCCCUCACCUACACCGAAGGCUGA